GAUUGUUGUAUAAAUAAAUAUGACACUUUACAUAACCUAACAUAACCUUGUAGGAAUAUCUUAAAAAAAUCACUUUCAAAAAUGAGUUUCAAUUUGACCUAAUAAAUUAAAAAAGAUAACAUUGUCUAUUUGGUUGCCUGUUGUUCUAAAUUUUACGUUCUAUCUGUCGCUUUGCGUAUUAUGUACGUAAUAAUAGUUAAGAAACUGUUUAGUCAAUUUUCAAGGACGUCAUUAGGACAUAGAAAGUUUUUUAAAGGUGCAUUUCUUUUGUAGUAUACUUUUAAAAAUAAUUUGCUUAAUAUAUAAUGGCUAAUCUCGGCGAUAUGAGGACGUGUUAUAACAAUAGAACAAAUUUAUUGAUUGAGGAUGAGCUACCAUUUAAGUGUCCCUAUGCAAUUUUUGAAAAAUGGUUAACUGAAGCUAAAGAGGACAAGAGAAUAAUUGAACCAAAUUCUAUGUGUGUAGCAACGGCUACAAAAAGUGGAAUUCCUUCCGCCCGUUACAUUUUAUGUAAAGGUUACGAUAAAACGGGGUUUAUAUUCUUUACACAUUACACCAGUAGAAAGGGGCAGGAAUUGGAAGAAAAUCCAAACGCAGCUUUAACAUUUUACUGGCCUCCGAUUCAUAGAUCAAUAAGAGUCGAGGGAAAAGUGGAGAAACUUUCUUCAGAAAUUGCAGAUGAAUAUUUUAAAACACGACCUUAUGACAGUCAGAUCGGAGCACUUUGCAGCGAUCAAAGCAAACCUAUCGAAGGUAGACAUGUUUUAUUUGAACGAGAGAUUGAGCUUAAGCAAAAAUAUGGAGAAGGCCAAGUUCCAAGACCAGAACAAUGGGGUGGAUAUAAAGUGAUUCCAAAAUGUAUAGAAUUUUGGCAAGGACAAAGCGAUAGAAUUCAUGAUAGAAUUAGAUUUAGAAAAGUUACUUGUGAUAACGAGUUGGAUGGUAAAGUAUUACAUAAAGGAGCAGACGAUUGGUUUUAUGAACGAUUAGCACCUUGAAUAUGAAGAAUUUCUAUGGCUAUAACAGUAUUCGGAUUCUUUUGUUUAUUACCAAUUCUUAUGGUAAUCUAGUGCAAUAAAUAGUUGAAAUAUUAUUAGUAGAAAAUACAUCACAUUUACAUGUUUGAGAUUUUAGAGAAAUUGUUAUUGAAAUAAAAUAAUUGGUAUCUAAUGAAAAUUAAGACUUA